GUCCAAGAAUUGAGUUUGACAUCUUGUGACUGAAUCGCCGGCACAAAUUAGAGGCAUGUUCGGAACACUCAUGGCCCCGCCGGCUCCGCUUGGAUUCAAGUUCCUUUCGCUGCACCUCUGCUUCAUCACUGUGAUGGCAGACAUCUCCAGCAGAUCUCUCCUUGGAAUAUCUCUCCGUGGGGCCCGGAACUUGCAAAGCACAGGCACAAGCGACAUGAACACUGUUGUUCCCCGCUGCAGGCCGGGAUACAAAGAUGUGACAAACGGCCAGGCGUUCAUGUGGUCAUGCGCUUUCCAUUGUGAAGGUGGGCACCACUAUGCAACAAGUGGCUGUGCGUGUGCAUGUCAAACACAAGAGCAAGAGGAACUGUGGCGAGAGUUUGGAGGCACCAGUGGUGGAGUCGUUCCUCUGGCUGGCAAUGCGUCAUCCGCACGCAUUUUAGUAACACCGGCGCCAGACCCAACACGUGCACCACAUGUUCCAGUAGCGGCAAUGUCAACAGGCCCAAUAGGCGAGGAAGGAAGUGAGUGGACGUGGAAACCUCCUGUCUUGGAGAACUACAUGGGACAGACAGCUAAGCAGUUGACAACACAACUUCCAUCAACUGAGAAGGACAAUGGGGAUCUCAUGUUGCACCUGGGAGUACUGGCUCUACUUUUCGGUGGCGUUGUGGUUUGCACAGCUGUUAUUGGCAUUGUGUGCUUCAACUGGGAGAGUAUUGCGAAAAGUCUCAAGAAGCAGAGCAAAAAGUCCAAGGUUGCAGAACCUCCCGUGUUCAACCUGCAGCCACAGUUGGAGAAGUGUCCCCAGCCCGCGGCUGAAGUGAGCAUGUCCUCACUUGUGUCAGGAAGAACCUCCGCUUCAAGCAAUGCUAGCAGAGUGCCUGAGGUUGGGAGCUUCAAAGUAAGCUCCAAACAGUCAAGUAAUGGAUCUGCCGUCCGAAGUGCUCAAAAGGACACAAGAAGCCUUUUGAAACCACCACAGUGCCCGCAGACACACAGCGCUACAGCAAGUACGUGCAGCGGCACUUGGAGUGGCACCAGCAGCGUCAACAGCCAAAGCUUUUGGGCACAGUCGGGUCCUCGACCAAAUGGACACAGGAAUCCGACUGAACCUGGUCAUCCCAAGCCCAACUCAAGCUCACGUAGCGAUCGAGUAAGCAUGGGAAAGCUUUCCAAGGUUCAGCCUGUUUAGGAAGUUCAAUGCCUUCGGAGGGUGCUAGAACCACCCCAAGAUACCCUAAGGCAAUUGAGCUUCAGAAUGUCUAGAUUUCCAGGCAGCCAUAAGCACGGAGGACAAUACUUAGCAAC